AGACCCUGAAAUUUGCCCCCAAACAAAAAAAAAAAAAGGAAGAAGACCCAGAAAUUUCGGAGCAAAAUUCCCAUAAAACAUUCAAAGAAAAAUUUCAAGAAGACCAUCUAUAAUCAUCAACAAAUCCGGUUGUGAAGAAGAAGACAUUAACAUGAAGCAAAAGAUCCUGAUAAGAGUUUCCAUGACUGAUGAUAGCACCCGAGCAAAAGUAAUGAAAACGGCGGUUCAAUUUAAAGGCGUGUCCGCUGUGGAAAUAAAGGGAGAUCACAGGAAUCAGAUUGAGGUAACCGGUGUCGAAGUUGAUAUGAUCGCACUGACCAACACACUGAGGAAAAAGAUAGCCCCUGCAGAGCUUGUAAGCGUAAACAAAGUUGAACCACCCAAGAAACCGGAUGAAGACAAAAAACAGGAUGACAAGAAACCAGAUGAGAAGAAACCUGAUGAGAAGAAACCCGAAGAGAAGAAACCAGAGCCAUGUUAUCCACCAUGGCCCUAUGGAUAUGGUGUGCCAUCUUCCUAUCCCCACCCGUGUGAUCCCUACGGAUACAAUGGUAGGGAUUAUACCGGAGAACCCGUCUACAAUCAAGAACCUAAUUGCAGGAUCCUGUGACAAGACCAACGGAAGAGAUAAUAGUUUUCCAAUACUUAGUGGGUCAACAUGUUAAUGCAUUGUGAUAGUCAAAAUUUGUAACUUGAGAAUAAAAAGCCUUGAGCUCCAAAAAACCACGC